UGGACAUUACCUAACACAAGCAAUAUUAUUCAUUAGAGAUGUAGAUUUGUUUAAUUUAGUGAAAGUUAAAUUCAUGGUAAGAAGUUUUAUACGCUGUUUGAAGGCCAAAAUGCGGGUGACUUGGAGACGAAAUCUGGCAGGGAACCUUGUCGCCCUGACAGUGGUGACAGCGUUUGUCAUCACUUAUGUCAAACUCUUACAGUACAACAAAGCCAGUUCUACCACAUUUAACCUUGUGGCCAAUCGUCAUCGCAGGAUCCGGGGGUUACACAGUAACCAUGUGGAUCAUAAAUGGAAAAAUUGGACCAGUAAAUCUAAACUGCCUGUCCAUGUGGUAGAAGAGCACCAUCAAGUGAUCCCCAUCUGGAUGAAUGCAGUUAAAUCUGGAACUCUGAAACCACACGGCAAUGUUCUGAUUCAUAUUGAUGGUCACUCAGACAUGGCCGCACCCUUCUACUUCCCUGGAUAUCCAAUCUUCAGAAUGCCAAAGGACAGUAGAGAAAUCAACAUGAUGAUGCAGAGAAACGAUGUCUUUAUUGUUCAAUCCAUCAUGACAGGUAUGUUGAAAAGAAUUAUCUGGGUUUGGCCCAAGUGGGACCAAGAAAACCAUGAAGGGGUGUAUGAAAAGGUUUGGGGAGGAGUAGGAAUGGCUACUGUCAGGUCUGGGGAGGCACUCAAAGAAAAAGUUAUCUGUACGUGCACCAAAAACCAGUCCAAUAUCAAGGAAUGUAGUUACACUCCAUUCCCUCAUGAAGGACUUCUGAAUUUGGGUACAGAGAAAACGAUAAAGCCAUCGUUGUGUAAUAUCAAGAGAGAGUUUGUGUUGGAAUCAUUGAGGGAAGAGGAGGCAAUUCGCCGGAUGUCCAGAAGUGAAUGGAUUCCGAAGCAGGACCCUGUUAUGCUGGAUGUGGACUUGGAUUACUUUGGCUGUACACAUGUGUCCCAGCCCCUUGUCGACUUGGGGAUGCCAGUGGCAUCAUUAAAGAUAAUGAAUGGUGUCCUGUGGAAAUUGUUUUGUCCAAAAUCUGUCAAACAAGAACAAGAUACAGACAAAAUUCUAGUGAAAGCUCUAAAUUUGUUCUUAGUCGCACUCGAUUGUAAAUCAAAACCACAAAAUAAACAAAUUUCUUACAAGAAAUGCAAAGAUAAGGCACGAAGAGAAGCGUUAGACAUGUUAAAGCAGUAUCUCUGGCAUCAGGGAAACAGAGUGUCUUGUGAGAAAAAGAGUAAAGAAUCGGAGAAUCUUCUCAAUCAAUUGGUAGAUCUCUUCUUUGGACACCUGAAUGCCAAACAAAUCUCCAUGCUUAAAAAGAUUGGCUUCUGUCUAACAACUACGCUCAACUCUUACCUACCUCUGACCAACCCAGGAUUUCAAAUCUGUAUGGGAUCCAAUACACCAGCUGACUCUAUGGUUCUCACCCACAGGCCGACCAAGAAUGAGACCGUGAAGAGAACCUCCUUGUUGCUCAAGUUUCUGACCAACCUGAAAUCAUGGCACAGACCACGUCUGGUGACCGUGUGUCGGUCAAUACGUGAUGGCUACACUCCAAGGUUCCUGUAUUAUCAGAUUGAUCAGGGAGUGAUGAAGUCUAUAAAUAGCUGCUUUGGCAAUACAAAAAUGCACUAUGAUUCAUGGUUACUUGGCGGUAAACAUGGGUGGCCUCACAGACAUAGAACAUAGUGUGAAUAUAAACAAACAUGUCUGCCUUGGUGAUAGGGAUUAUUUUAAAAUUGUGAUAAAUAUUUUUUGUUUGUGAAUUUAUCUUAUCAUAUGCCAAAUACAUUUAGCAAAUUCUUUUAACUGAUGACAUAGGUAAUGUGUUCUUUUCUCCACCUGUCUGUUUGCCUCUCUGUGUCUUUGUAAACAGUUUUCAAAAUACGAACUCUUAUACAGUUUUUAUCAUAAAAUAUUUCAGCAGAACAUAGUUAAAAUGAUUUAUAUGUAAUUAUACAUCAAUGAACAUUAUUCAGCUCAUCAAUUUUUAUAAAUGAUGUUAUACCAUGGUUACUUAUUAUAGAAUAAUCUCUUAAAUUGUUCGAAAACGUUUUUCCUCCUAUGGUGUUU